AAGCCAGAAACUUGCAAUUUCACCUUUAAAGAAACCUCUGUGACAAAAAAAAAAUGGCUAUAAAAAUGCCGAUGAAGAACAGAGGCACACUUCUUAACUCUGCACACCAGAAUAUGAAUAUUAUUCCACUUUCAACCUUUUUCAUGGUGUUUUUGCUUUGUUCUACAUGCUUCAAAAUUGAGAUUACCCGGAACAGAAUUUAAUCGAACAUCAAGAAAAAAAGAUUGCCAUACUCUCUUUUUACUUUUUUUAGGUAGUUUACUGAUUUCAUUUUGGAAUUAAUUGUGUUAUCAGCAAAGAAUUACACAUGCAUUAUAUAUAUUAUUCCUUCAUCCAAGUGGGAUUGCUUCCUUUAUUCUGGCUUUUGUUUCUUCUACUAAAGAUAAAAAUUCUAUCUUUUGGCUUUAUUGAUUUGAUUUUGUCCUGCAUUGUACAUGGAACUUAUUUCCUGCAAAUGGGUAUUCAUUUUUGUGCUUUCUUGUUGCCUCAUCUUUUCUGUAGCAUACUCAGUGGAGGGAUUGCGCGGAGAUUCGAGAGUGAGGGCAGUUAACUUGGGUGGAUGGUUGGUUGUAGAAGGCUGGAUCAAACCUUCACUGUUUGAUGGAAUACCCAAUGGAGAUAUGCUUGAUGGUACAGGGGUUCAAUUCAAAUCGGUGACUUCACAAAAAUAUGUUUCUUCAGAGAAUGGAGGCGGGAUGAAUAUCAGUGUCGACAGAGAUGUACCUUCUUUAUGGGAAACCUUCACGUUAUGGAGGAUUUCUGAGACGAAGUUUCAGUUCCGUACUUUUCAAGGCCAGUUUCUAACAUAUGAUGCUGAAGGAAACUUUGUCUCUGCAACAGCACAAUCGCCAUCAGCAACAGAAACAUUUUACUUGGAACGAAAUAUUGACAACAGAGUCCAUAUAAGAAAUAAUCGUGGAACUUAUCUGCAGGCUUCAUCGAUAAAUCAGCUCACUGCAGACUAUCCAGGAAAUCCAGGAUGGGAAGAUAAUGCAGCCACAUUUCAAAUGAUCAUUGCCUCUAAUACAUUACAUGGUGAUUAUCAGCUUGCUAAUGGAUACGGACCUGAUAAAGCUAAAGAAGUUCUUAAGACUCAUAGAGAUGGUUUUGUCACUGAACAAGAUUUUGAUUUCCUUUACCGUCAUGGAAUCAAUACAGUGAGGAUUCCUGUUGGCUGGUGGAUUGCUUCUGAUCCAAACCCACCGGCUCCUUUUAUUGGAGGAACUUUAGAUGCCCUGGAUAACGCGUUCUCAUGGGCUCAAGCCUAUAACAUAAAGUGCAUUAUCGACCUUCAUGCAGCACCAGGCUCUCAAAAUGGGAUGGAGCAUAGUGCCAGCAGAGAUGGAACAACAGGAUGGCCUACACCUUCACACAUAUCACAGACAUUAAAUGUUAUAAAGUUUCUAGCUUCGAGGUAUGCAGAGCAUCCUGCCUUGCUGGGAAUUGAACUUCUGAAUGAACCAUCUGCCUGGACAGUUCCUUUGGACAUUUUAAUUUCUUAUUACCAACAAGGGUACCAGAUUGUUCGGAAAUACUCCCCAACUGCAUAUGUGAUUGUCUGCCAAAGAAUUGGGAAUGCAGAUCCCAUCGAAAUUUACCAAGCGGAUAUAGGAUCAAGGAAUGUUGUAGUGGAUUUGCACUACUACAAUCUUUUUGACACAAAUUUUAUCAACAUGAGUGCUGCAGAUAACAUUCAGUUCAUACACAAGAGCAGGGAAACCCAAUUACAAGCUCUAAACAGCAGAAAUGGACCACUUAUCUUUAUUGGGGAAUGGGUGAAUGAAUGGGACGUUGUAAAUAGUUCCAAUGCAGAUUAUCAAGACUUCGGGAGAACGCAGUUAGAUGUGUACAACAUGGCAUCAUUUGGUUGGAGUUACUGGACACUUAAAAAUGCCGAGCAUCACUGGGAUUUCGAGUGGAAUAUCCGGAAUAAUAUCCUCCAGCUAGGUUCUUCACCAGUUAGACAAAGCUUGAAUGCUAUUCUAUUGUUUGCACUGCCAUGUUGCUGCUUCUUUUUGCACCCGUUGCAGUGAUCAUUACAGCAAGAACACAAGCCACACUUGUACAUUUAUCGAUGUUAAGCUAGCCAUUCUUCAUUCUUUGCUCCCUUAUUCCCAAUUUACCAUCAUAUAUUUUCAUGAAUAAAUUUUCUUUUACCUACUCA